AGACGCUGCUAGUCUACCUACACGUCGCCAUGUGUCUACAGACAAUCACGUUUUUAUUGAUCUUCAGCAAACUUGGCUAUUCAGCAACAACAAGUUUUCCUUCAUCGUAUCAGUUUGGAUACACUGUCAGUGACAAGCACUCAGGAGACUAUAAGAGUCACCAUGAAGAGAGCGACGGUAAAGAAGUCAGAGGAAGAUACUCUCUGGUGGAGCCUACAGGAGACUUACGAGUGGUCACUUACAAGGCAGACCGAGCUAACGGCUUCCGAGCAGUGGUAAAUGUACAACCAACUCCGACGUAUCGUCUGGUUGAACUACCGUCCCUGCAGAAGCUGAGACGACAGCAUGACACAGCAGUCAACAACACAGACUCUGUACAAACCAUGGCCGUGGUGGAGGAUGAAUCGUCUGACAAGAACAUGUCUCAGGGAAGUGGAGGAGUCUUUGAUGUAGACCACUCGGAGAGUUCAGGUCCCCAUAUGAUAGCUGUGAAGGUUCAACAAGAGUCAGAAAGUGUUUCUAGUGCACAAGAGCCACUGUUGAAACUGGAGGUGACGUCAGACAAACCCGAGAGCACUAACGAAGGAGUUGUUAGCCCAGAGAAGACAAAAGAUAAAAGCAAACCAGAUAGCACUGUAGAGUUCCAAGUAACCAUUAAAGACAUUGACGAUGGUUCAAGAUUAAUAAAUUCGCUUAACGAGACUGACCCACAACACGUGGUUAAAUCAAUGGUUGAACUGAAUCCUAAUUCGUCUGUAUCCACACAACACAAUGAAAAUGUAUCCACAUCAGAUCAUUCAAAAACAUCCCAGAACCAGCCACUUGAGAUACAAAAACCUGAUGUGCAAGGUUCUAACAAACCAGCGAGCACUGACACCGAGGAAAAACUAAAACCCAACAUAGGCAUGUCAGAAACAGGGAACUACGAGAAUGUGAAAAUGGAAGAUAUUAAAGAAAACAAUAUGAUGUUAGCUGCACUACUGCUUCCGACGACACCGAUAUUGAAAUUCACAUGCACUCCAGAUCGUCCUGAUAAGAACAAUAUGCCAAUGGUGCCGACAACACCCAACAUGGCUGCUCAAAGAAAUCCGCAUCUAGGACCAAGCAGUUCCAUGUUUACUCCGGGUUUUCCCCUCUUCCCGUUCCAACUGGUGAACUUCAGCCCGAUAAAACAGAUUUUUUCUCAAAACAAGUUCCCUCCUCAAAAUUCUAAUCCUUUCUUAUCCACCACAUCUCCACUGAUUUCAACAGUGUUUCCCAGUAAACAACCACUUACAACAGCAGCACAACAAAACCCCGAGACUGUUCACAAAGACGAAGAUGUUCCGGCCAAAAGGAAGCCACCGAGUGGUUACACCAACGUUAGGACGAUCCACGCUCAUCACUUCCUCCCUCCACCCUGGGCGCCUCACCCUCAACACAACUACCGACACAUGCCUAUCUUUGUACUGCCAAUGUCCCACAACUCAAACUUAGCUCCGAUGUUCAAUCCGGCACUGCUUGAUCACCACAACCAAUAACUUUGCAAUAUUUGCCUUACAAGUACAAGCAAUAUUUCAUAGAUUUAUAGACAACAAGUUAAAACGAUAUUGAAAUAGAGUUUUGAAUAUGUCAUACAAUAAUUGUAGGGACAACAUUAAUAGUUUAAUACAUUGUACAUGUUAUAUGAUUAUCUAUUCCAUGGUGUUAUUUGAAUAAAUUGAAUCUACAAAGAAAACUAAGGAUAAUAAGGAUGGCGCUAAAGAGUAAUGUAAAGUCAUUUUAUGACUCCUAUAACAAGAAAAAUUAUAUUAAUUAUGACAAAAAAAAUAAAUUUGUCAAUUAUUUGACUUUUAAAACUUUUGCUGAGAUAAAAGGGUAAGUCAAAAAUCCUACCCCACUGUUCUCUAAAAAUAUGUUAUUAAAUAAAUUGCUAUAGCUAUUCUGAAAGUUUUAAGAAUAUUAUAGUUGACAUUUUUUAACUCAUCAUUCUCCACAAAAAAAUGCUAUAAAACCCACAUUGAUUCCACAUUUAAUAUCAUUUAGUACAUUUCUAUAUAAGCUAUUUUCUCCAAUAUGAGCACACCGUUCUGCACAGCUGUUUCAUAUUUUGAGCCAAGACUGGCUCUAAUUGGAAGUUAUAACAGUUAACAUACUCAGCUCAAAGCGAGAAAAAAAUACCCCCGCCGCAGCAAACCUGCAGACUUAGCGAAUUUCCAUCCGCCUGAUUGGAUUUAAAUUAAAAUGUCUCCUUAAAAAUAUCACAUUUAUUCCCUAUUUAAACAGAAUUAGUUUAAUGAGUACUUAGGUUUGCUGCAACAGGGAGGGUAAAAAAGUUUUUUUUAUGUAAAAUAUUAAAAGGUACUGUGGUUUAGUAAGAAAUUAAUGUAUUUUCCAAAUUUGAUCAAAAUAUGUUCAUAAACAAGCAAACUACAACAGUUGACUUAUUCUCCAUAAGAAUAACAUGGGAAUUUUAAAAUUACAAUUUUUUUGAAUUUUCUCCGUAACAUUUAGGCGCAUAAUAACGCUUCAAUAUACUAAAUUAUUUGUUUUUUUAAGCUCUACAAAAUGGUUUAAAAAUAAAUUGUGAAAUUUUGUGUUUUUAGGGUCAAAAAUGGGAAGAACCUAUUUUUACCCCAUAAAACCCCCCAUAAACCCCCGUUCCCAUAGUCCGAUCAUGCUGGUUCGCGAACUCAUUCAAGUUUAACCCGCCUUACACCUUCAAAACAAAUUUUAUCAAAAUCGGACAAAAAAUACUCAAGUUAUCGUGCGGAUGGACACAUAUAUAUAUAUAUAUAUAUAUCUAUAUAUAGAUACAUAAAAAUUUGAACGAAUGGUGUUUUUGGCCUCUGGGGACAUCAAAAUGAAAAAGUAAAUCGGUCCCGGGCUUAGGUCUUACCAUGAGACCUACGGUAAUUAGCUACUUCCCUAUAGGGAAAUUCGCUAAUAAACAUUUACCUUAGCAUCUUUUAGACAGAUUGUAUAACUACAAUUAUUGGAUGAACUAAUGAAUUGUAUACAUGCUGAUAUACAAAUCCUCGGACGAAUUAUCAAUUUUAUUUCCCAACAUUGUUAACAAAAAUGCCUUUUAUUGUAUUUGAAAAUAAAAUUAUUUCU